AUGAUGAAAUUUUUAAUAAUAAAAUUAUUAAUAAUUGUAUUGCUAGCAAAUUCUUGCAAUUCAGAGAUAUUUUCAAUCAACGCUGACAAAUGCACAAAUUUAGGUUGUACUUUUAGUAGCUUAUUUACAUCUAGUUUACCAAAAAUUACCGAUGAUGUUGUAUUUUUUACAAGUAAUCCUUUGAUACAGUCAACAAUUAUUUUAUCAAACCAAAUCUCAAUCAAGAGUUUAAACAUUACCAAUGGUAUAUUAAAGAUUGCUAGUAGUGGCAGUUUAUCAGUCUCUUCAAAUAUUCUUAUUGCUGCUGGUGGCUCACUAAUGCUCGAUGGUAUGUCAAGUUGUAACUCAUUGACUGUAAAUGGAAAUUUAUAUAUCAACUCUCAAAGUUCAUUAAGUGUAACAAGUUCUUUAUCAAUCGCCUCUGGUAUAUUCGAAUCUAAUGGAACUUUAAAUCUUGGUUCAUUAAAUAUUCAAAGUGGUAUUACAGCAUUCCCUAAAUUUUUUGGAAGUGCUGUUGUUACUUUAAAUGGUGAUUCAAAUAUUAAUACCUCUAUUCAAUUGUUAGACACCGCCUCUUUGAUUAUUAAAAGUGGUAUCUGUACUAUUAAAGGUCUUUUAGCAUCAAGUACUGCCUCGAUUGAAAAUCGUUCUAAAUUAUUUUUUGGAAAUAUAAUUGGUGACCUUGUUUGUAAAGUUAAUUCAAUUUCCGGUUCAACUAUUCAAUUCAGCUCUUCAAAUAUUCAAUUCCACAAUGUUAUAACAACUGAUACCACCACAAUUAAUUUAAUUGACUCCUCUGUUACUAUUCAUAGCUUACCAACAACCAUCUCAUUAGGCUCUCUUUCUAUUGAUGCCACCUCUAAAAUUAUUUUAGAUAAAACAAAUUGUACUAUUGCCUCAUUAAAAUCAACUUUAAAUUCAAUUAUUAAAUUAACAAACUCAUCAAACUUUAACAUCAACAAACCAUUUGAUUUCAACUGUGACCUUGAUAUUGACCCUACCUCAUCGAUUUUCAUUUCAGCAACAACUCCUCAAGUCGUCAAUUUCUAUGGUAAUAUUUUAAGUGCCAUUGGUUCAACUAUCAAACUCGACUAUACUUGUAAUUUUAAUAAACCAGUUUUACUUGAUAGUCUCUUAUUAGGAUCAAACUCAGCAAUCACCUUUGUUAAAAAUAGUACAAUUAUUAAAGAUUUCACUUGUCCAUCAACUGCAUCCAUUAAUAUCGAUAAAAACUCUGGUUCUUUAACUAUUGGUGGUAACUCAAACAUCGAUACUAAUCUUAAUCUUAACGGUGUUGCCCAAUUAAAUAUUGUCGCCUCUACUGAUUCAUCGGUUACAAAUAAAGUAUGUACCAUUAAACAAAUUACAACCGGUUCAGAUGCUAUUUUAAAUAUUGGUACUGGUGUAAAUGUAAAUAUUUUAACCCCAUCUAUUUUUGGAAAUUCAAUUCAUUUAAAUGGUGAUGCUAAUUUACAAAUUAAUGGAAAUGUUUCACUAAAUGGCUUAACCAUUUUCCCAAUCGAAGGCAUUAAGUUACCAACAUUACAACUUUCAAGCAGCUACUGUACAUUACCAGAAAAUACCGACUAUGACAUUAUAGGUACAAUUAAUUUGAUUAAAUCCACAUUGGCCCUCUCAAAUAAUAUUGCAUUAAAUAUUAAUAAUAACUUAGUAGUUGAUUCAAACUCCAAUAUUAUUAUUCCAGCAGAUGCUACUCUAAUUGUCUCAGGCCCAUCUUCAAUCAUCUCAAGCACUAUUAAUAUUGAUGGUAAGCUCAACCUUGAAUCUGGUAGUAUCAAAUUUGAUGCCGGUAUUGCUAGUACAUCUAACUCCUUCAUUAAUUGUAAUAAUGCAAAUGUUAAUAUCAAUGGAAACAAUGUUGCUAUUGGUGGUCAAUUCUCUGUAACUGGUGCAGGUAAAAUAAAUAUUAACUCUUUGAACACAAUAUUCAAGAACGGUAUUAAAGUUCCAACCCUUAAAACCCCAAUUAACAUUAAUGCUGAUGCAAAAGUAACCAUUAGUGCAGAUAGUUUAAUUAGCUCCCCAGUUUUUUGUUUAGGUAAUUCAAUUUUAAAUAUCCUAUCUGGUUCAAACAUUCAGAUGGAUGGUGGUUUAAGCAGUCAAAUUAAUUCAGUUAUAUCAUUGGAAGGCUCAACCCUCUCAUUAAACUCAACAUCAAAUAUUAUAGGUAUAAUCAAUUUAAACAACUCAACUAUAAUCUCAUCUGGUGAAACCACAAUCUCCAACACUAUUACCAGUGAUCCAACAAACACAGAUAACAACCUAAUGAUUAAUAGUGGAUCUUGCACAAUCAAUACCAAAAACAAUAUUAAUAUCAGCGGUGAACUUAAUGUACUUAAAAACUCACUAUUAACUCUUAAUGCUGCUAAAACUACUUGUGCAAAAGGUAUUAAGAAUUCUGGUAAAAUCAUUGUAUCAAAUAUUGUAGAUACUAGCUCUUCAAUUAUUUCACAAAUUUCAGGGGACGCAGAAUUGGUACUUUUAGCAGGUAGUAAUAUUAUUUCAAAAACCUCAGCAAGCUUUUUAUCAGGUAAAAUUAGUGGUACAGGUAAAAUUACAUCAAAUAACUGUCAAUGUGGUGGAAUUAUUAAUGGUAUGAUUUCAGUUGAUGGAAGUCUUAGCUUAUUAGAUAGCGCAGUUGUUUUAGUUAAUAUUUUUGCAAAUAAUAACUACUCAAAGAUUUCAUGUAAUGGUAAUGUCAACGUCAAUGGUUUAAUUGAAGUAAAUUUAGAUGCUCAAGCCUCAUUAACAUUAAAGAAAGGCGAUGAAUUUGCUAUUAUAACAUCCACAAAUAGUAACAUUAAUGGAACAUUGUCUCUUUCCGAUUCAACAAAUUCAAAGUCAUUUGAUUGCAAAAAAUCCCAAACUGGUUCCACCUAUAAUUUAGUAUACAACGCCGAUCAAAUCAAUACAAGCAAAGAUGGAUCAUCAAUUGAAGACCAUGCUUCAGCUUCAUCCACAUUAUUUGUAUCAUUUAAUUUAUUGUUUAUUUCAUUAGUUUUAUUAGUUAUUGUAUAA